GCUCGUCAGAAUGCGGCCUAACAGUUCUUCGCUGGCCACAGACACAGACCAUCCUGCUGUGCCUAACCCGACAACCAUAACCCAGAGUCCCAGGCUCCCAGGCUCCCAGCAAGCGGAGGCGAAUUCCAUGCCUUCGUAGGUGCGCUGCCGUGCUGUAACUGCACCCCAGGAAAGUACUCCGUAGACGUUGAGGAUGAGGGUUCGAACCGUCUAACGAGGGGACACCAGCCUCUGCUGCUAUUCACGGUCGUUAGCCCAUACCCCACUUGUUUUUCCAGGCCAUGGCCACCCAAUGGACUCUCAAUACCGAUUACAGGCCCCCUGGAAAUAACCAGACCCAUACGGUACCCACCUAACCCACCUAAUACCCCGUCGCUGGAGACCGAAAAAGGGACAUGGCUCUCUCUCUCAUCGAGGUGAAUCAGCCGGGUGGAACCCAAAAUCCCCAUCGAGGGGUGCAUCUGCACACUUCAUAUGUAGGAGGGCCUCUGCUCUUCCUCAAAGCUCUAGUUACAUCCACAGUUCUGGACCCCAUCAUCGCAACACGGCACACUCAACUGCAUAUAUGCAUGCAAAGCCCUUCUUACCAUUCCCACUACCACCAUCAUCACUAAUUCCUAACACACUAUUCAUUGUUAUUCCUUCACCCAAAGCAUCUCUCCCAUAAUCCUCAACAGACUCGAUAUCCCCAACUCCAUACUCCUCACGUCUUUCAAUUCCCCUCAAUCCACCUAGUUUUUGCAUCUGUAUACCCGUUUUACACUUCACUUCUUCUUAAUUAUUAGCCAUCAAAGCUUCCUACUGUCACUUCACGUCAAUACAACACAAAACCACUUACUCAGCCCCUCACUUCUUACAUACGUUACUCUCUGGCAGAGAAGACCAGACCAAACCAGACCAGAGCUAAGAAACUCAAAAAACGAUACUACUCACCCGUCCCGAAUCAUACCACCAAACUCUUUUGUUAUCCAGCUAAACCCUAUUUGCAUCAUAAGAAAACCCCGCCUCCAGCCCCUCCAUUUUUUGCAUUCUCGAAAAACCCAUCUCUGAAGUUCUCUACAAGCUGGGGAAAGAAGACAAAGGAAUCAUGUGUAACUACACGCAAGUCGAGUUCCGAUGCGGACACGUCAGAUGGACAGUUCGAGCGUGGUGUAUUACCUACGAAACGACACACAUUCGAUGUCCACCGUCAGUAGUUGCAAUUGAGUUCCGGUAAGUUCGCUUUGCUCCUCUUCAGCUCAUCAACGAAAAGAAAAAGCAAAAAACUAACUUGGACAACAGAUUAGAUGAACAGUGUGGUUAGUUCUCCCCGAACACGCAGCAAGCAUAGUCUUGAGAAUAUAUCCUAUCCAAAGGAUCUGUCUAUUCCGAGAUCGAUAUACUAACUUUUCUUCAGGUGACUGUCGAAAGCCAGCCAUCACACCAAUAUGGAUGAAAGCAUCCACCACAGCAUGCAGGUGAUGAAGCCCUGACAAUUGUAUUACACAACUACUAUACAAACAUCCACUACCAAUAUCCUCACACAUACAACAAACAUACACACACACACCACCAGCCUCUUUCCAACAACAAAAAUUAACGUGGGAACCAAAUAAUCGGAUAUUAGAAUAAAGAGAAUAGGAGUGAUCCUGGGGUAUUUCAUGGUUUCCAUUCCAUUCUUUUGGUCAAGUGCGAGGAAUCUUUUUCCUGUUUUUGUUUUUGCUUCGUUACAUCUUGGGGGCACAAAUCGGCGAACUUUCAACAUUAGGUCGCUCUGUUUUUUGGUUGGUUAUUCUAAUUUGGGCUUGUUUACGUUACAUGGGGGAAUAAUUUGGGAUACAGCACCACACCCUCCAUUAAUCCACGCUCAUCCCUCCAACAAAACAUCUGUACAGGGAGAGGGAUGGAGAGCUAGAGCUAGGUGUGUGCAUGUAUGUAACGAGGUAGCGUCGCGUCUGGUGUCUGGUGUACGGUGCAAGGGCGUCUUGUUUGAAAUUUUUGGGAGCGAGGAGUACUGUGCUGUACUGUACAUUGGGAGCCGAAUCAAGGUUGUGGGGUACCUAGGUACUGGAUGGGAAUCAUUAUUGCGCGUCCCUUUUUUUUUUGUGUGUGUGUGUUUGGUAGAAAAGAAGAGUCUUUGCCUGGCUUACAGUAACUUGGCAUCCGUCAUCAAGAGGGCAUUGAAUGGAGAGAGGGGCAUGGACAUAGGAAAGGAAACCUCGAACCGGGAAGAGAAAAAAAGACACACUGCUCGUAUUUUCCAGCGUAGCUAGAGUUUUUUUGUCAUGUUGUACUGUACAUACACCUCGUGGAGAGGAUUGUACAGCACCCAAAAAUCCACAUACCGUACCUCAACAAUUAAUCUGGUACCC